GGAGUUGGGGUGCAGGUCAGGUUGAAAUAAUGUGGGGUUUAAAUGUUGUUUAAUUUCUCACAGGGUGUUUUUCUUCCUCGGGGUAUCGAGUGAACAGUGAUGGAAAGCCAGAAAAGUUCCAGCCACCUCCCAAGCCUGUCAUUAUUGACAAGCAGAAGCAGAGGGAGGAGAGGAGGUUCCUGAGCCCUGAAUUUAUACCUCCCAGAGGGAGAACAGAUCCUCUUAAAUACUAUAUGGAAAGAAAGGACAUGAUACAGAGAAGAAAAGUCUUCAACAUCCCAGAGUUCUAUGUUGGCAGUAUACUGGCUGUGACUACUGCAGAUCCAUAUGCCAAUGCCAAAUCCAACCGGUUUGUUGGCAUCUGCAUCCAGAGAGGAGGAAAAGGACUCGGCGCUACCUUUGUCCUUCGGAAUGUUAUAGAAGACCAAGGUGUUGAAAUAUGUUAUGAACUGUACAACCCUCGAAUCCAGGCGAUCGAGGUCCUGAAGCUGGAAAAGAGACUGGAUGACAACCUGAUGUACCUGCGAGAUGCCCUCCCUGAAUACAGCACUUUUGACGUGAAUAUGAAACCUGUGCCUCGUUUGGACCACGAAGAAGUUCCUGUAAACAAGCUGCAGGUACGAAUGAAACCUAAACCAUGGUCAAAACGGUGGGAAAGACCAAAAUACAAUAUAAAAGGAAUAAAGUUUGAGCUACAUGAAAAGAAAAUGAAAGAAGCACAAAAGUGGAGCCAACCAUGGCUGGAGUUUGAUAUGCUGCGAGAAUAUGACACUUCAAAAAUAGAGGAAAAAAUUUGGAGAGAAGUCAGUGAAGAACUUAAAAAAUAAUAAUUUUUUUGCAGUCUCGGAAUUACAGAGAUAAUAUUUUUAGUUUACUACAUGGAUGAUCCGUUGUCAAGUUUUGUAUAUACAUAGUUAAAGCAAACAAUAAAGUUAACCUUUCCAGAGGAUUUCAAA